AUGAAUGUUACACACGUAAUUUUCGAUUUCGAUGGCUUACUCGUGGAUACGGAGGCAUGUUACACAAUUGCCAACCAGACCAUGCUCAGAAAAUUUGGCCGAGAAUAUACUCCAGAACUGAACGCCAAGAUGAUGGGAAGGAAAGAGGAAGAGGCGUUCCCUUGGCUUUUAAAAGAGGUUGGUAUCGAUGGUAAAAUUACGGUCAAGGAAUAUAUGGCUCAGUACGAUGCAAUGCUGGAAGGAAUGUUCCUCAAAUGCAAAGCUUUACCUGGUGCUGAACGAUUAGUACGGCACCUAUCCAAGAAAGGUAUCCCAAUGGCUAUUUGUUCGGGCUCUCGGAAGUCAACCUUUCGUACGAGACGUGAACCUCACAAGGAUUGGCUGGAUUUGAUUGGUUUAAUGGUGUUCUGUGGUGAUGAACCAGACAUAAAGAGAGGAAAGCCUCAUCCAGAUCCAUACUUGGCCACGAUGAAUAGGUUUCCAGUAAAACCUAAGGACCCUUCAAAUGUCCUUGUGUUUGAGGAUGCUCCGAAUGGUGGCAGAUCAGCCAAAGCGGCUGGUAUGAAAUGUGUUAUGGUGCCUAGUGCAGACCAUCGAGAAGAAGUGCUACAGAUCGGGUAA